AUGUUGAAGGCUCACCCUGAUUAUAUACGAUGUCUCACUGUGCACCCAACUGCAAGCAUCAUGCUCACUGGAAGUGAUGACAUGACUAUCAAAGCUUGGGAUUGGGACAAGCAGUGGAAAUGUAUUCAGGUAUAUGAAGGACAUAUGCACUACAUCAUGAACAUCACUUUCAACCCCAAAGACUCAAAUACUUUCGCAUGUGCUUGUCUUGAUUGGACUGUCAAGAUGUGGUCCCUUGCCUCCCCUACAGCAAACUUUACCAUGGACGUGCAUGACAAAGGCAUCAACUAUGUCGACUUUUACCCUGGCUCAGAUAAGCCAUACCUCAUCAUGACAGGUGACGACCAGACUAUCAAAAUUUGGGACUACCUCAGCAAAAGCUGCAUGCAAAUGAUGGAAGGACACACAAGAUCAAGGAGAUCAGUACCACAGAGAUAUUUUGAUGGAGAAUACAUCAUCUACACAGUGCUCACAUGGUGGAACAAAGUGUUUGGUUUGGGCACGGGCUUCACAUGGGCUGGUGACUCAAACACAUAUGCAAUAUUGGAGAGCAAGGUGAAGCUUCAUGUGUUCAAAAACUUCAAGGAACAUGGUAAUGCAGGGAUGAAGGGCGCAGGAAGCUGGGCAGUGGAUGCCAUUUAUGGAGGUCCAGUGUUGGGCACACAUGGAAAGGGUUUUGUGAUCUUUUGGGAUUGGGAGAGUGGGGAAAUUGUGAGGCACAUUGAUGUGGAUGCAAAGAAUAUCUUUUGGUCGAUGACAGGGACACUCAUGGCGGUUGUAUCAGACGACUCUUACUAUAUCCUUAAAUUUGAUCAAGAUGCCUACAAUUCUAAACUAGAGGAGGGCAUGGAAAUCACAGAUGAGGGUGUUGAGGAAUCAUUUGAUGUCAUUGCUGAGAUCUCAGACAGCAUGAAGAAUCAAUAUCUUUGGGUAUUCAUUGUCUUUGAGCGUUGUUGA